UGUGCCCUUCAGCCUGGCACACAGCUCUUCUUAUCAAGCCGACCUUCUAUCACUCUCAGCGGCAGGCCUGUUCUCUGGAGCUCAUUCCCUGGAGGUUCUGCUUUCAGCUAGUUCCAGGAACACAUCUUCUGAGAUGGGACGAGUGACAGGACGGGUGGUGGGUCUCCUGCUGUUUAUGCUUUGCCCGCUGCUGGUUCCAAAUACUGGAGUCGGGUGGGCUCAGUUUGUGAGUGACGAAGAGGGCUCUAGGGAGGCGGCAGCUGGGGAGGAGGAGAGUGUAGAAUCAGAGGAUGAAGGUGGAACAGAGGGAGACGACGAAGAUGAAGCUGAGGCUGAGGAGGAAGCAGGUGAAGAUGAUUCCAACAAGGAUGCAGAUGAGGCAGGCAAGGAAGAAGUUGAAGAUGAGAAGUCUGAGAAGGUACUAAGUGACGAUGAUUCUGACAAGGAAGAAGAUAAUGGCGAGUCUGUGGAGGACGAGGGUGAAGAUGCAGCUGAAGUAGAUGACACAAAGUAUGAGGAUGACGAUGAGGCUGAGGAGGAUGAUGAUGAAGAUGAAGCGAUAGGACAGGACUCUGAUGACCACAUGAGAGAAGAUGGUAAAGAUGAGGCAGACGUUGAGGCGGACGAUGAGUUAGAAGGAGGAAGAAGGGGAAAGGAGGUUGAUGAAGAAGAAAACGUGGGUGAUGUGGAUGGAGAUGUCCACUCAGAGAGAGCUACAGCUACAGGGGAGAUUGCAAAUGAGGAGGAUGAUUCUGAGAUGGACGGAGAUGAGGACGACGAAGAUGAAGAGAUGUAUGUAUUGGAAGAGGAAGAUGGUGAUGAUGGUGACAUGUCAGUUGAUGGAAAUGAGAAUGAAGGAGAGAAGAUCUCCUUGAAGGCGGGGACCGACCCAAGUGGUGAUGCUGCAACAGAGGCUGAAUUUCGAGAGGACACUGAAGCAGCAGGCGAUGCUGGGGAAAGAGAGGCAACCAUAGCUGCGCCACACUUUCAAGUUGGAUCUGUGUGUGGGCUCUGCUCCAUGUGUGAGCACUGUUCCAGCGACUGCGCAAACUGCGAAUGUGAGGAGGGGGUUGAGACCUGUGAACGCUGUCAGAAAUGCUCCUCCUGCUUCCUUUGCUCGAUAUUCUGUGAGACAAUUUGCACCGCAGGCGGCUUUCUCGAUGAGUUGACUGGAUCCAUCUUCCAGUCCGUUUCCUCAUUUCUCUGACCCGACCCGGCAUGCAGGACCUGAACUUUAGUCUGGGAAUGUCUUACGUAUGAGACGUAACAUAUACUGUUUAGUCUAAAGUGUGAAUCACGUUGCAUGGUCACCUCUAAUGUUAUUUAUUUAAGUUACAGAAUGUUCUAGUUAUGUAAUAGCAGAAUGUAAAUUACAAUUUAAUUAAACACUUAUCCCUUCCAUUAGUUGGAAGUCAGUCAUCAUUUGCC